AUGCAUUGUGCAACAGCAUGGAAAGCAUGCGACUUGACACACCUGUCCUAUAUUGUAUAAAUAGCAUUCGUGAUUGAUUGCACAUUCUCAACCGAUUAUGUAAAAAAUGUGGAUAAUAUUUUACAUGAUAGACAGUUUUUGGCUGAUAUCCUUUACACAGGAAGGUUGAGGAUACCCGAUAGCCAACGUCCUGGUUUGUGUAUGGGUUGUUUACUGGUGGCUACAGAGAGAUCAUAAUGGCAUCUACAAAACGACUGAAGAAGGAGCUGCUAUUGAUGACGCGGGACCCGCCAGAGAACUGCUCAGCAAGCCUUGUCAAUGAUGACCUUUUUCAUUGGAAAGCAUCACUUCUUGGCCCGGAAGAAACACCCUAUGCUGGAGGCUCCUUUGUUCUAGACAUCAGAUUUCCAGCCGAGUAUCCAUUCAAACCACCACAGGUGAAGUUUGAAACCAAAAUCUAUCAUCGACACAUCAUAGAUGGCGAGAUUUGUAUGGACCUUCUGCAUUCCAAGUGGCUAUCGACAUUUACAAUCAGUACAGUCCUUCUUGCCGUUAGCAGUCUUAUGGCAGAUUCGAAUCAUCAGGAGCCGGAGUUCGCGCUGAGAGCCAAAGAAUGGACAGAUAUGCAUGCACGUCCGUGUCAUACACGCGAACAGAUCUCGGGGCCACCUUCAAAAAGUUCUGACAUUGAUUGAUGGCCACAAUGAAAUAUAUUGCUGUAUUAUUUUCCUGUUAUUAUGAAAUUAUUAACUAUGAUAAAUUUAUGUAUGGUUUCCUUUUAGCACAAAUUUCCCGUAUUAAUAUCUGAGUUUCCACGUACCUCCAAACCACCGGUGUAAUCUUAAUUAACACGUGCCUCGAAACCACCGCUGUAAUCUUAAUAAACACUUACAUUUGUACCUCGAAACCAUCGCUGUAAUCUUGAUUAACAUGUGCCUCCAAACCACCGGUGUAAUCUUAAUUAACACGUACCUCUAAAUUACCGGUGUAAUCUUAAUUAACACGUACCUCUAAACUACCGAUGUAAUCUUAAUAAACACUUACUUCCAAAUCACCGUUGUAAGCCCGAUUUAUAUAGAGUGACCGAUAUUGUAUGUCAAAUAAGUCAAGUAUUGUAAUAUCGUUGUUUAAGUGAUUCCAUUGGCCUACUGUGCAUGUAUAAAUUGCCAUUUUCAAUUUCUUAUUUUGUAUAAAGCUAUCAAUUUGCA